CCCCUUGAGGCCUUCUCGAGUGGGCUCGCAGCGCUGCGGGGGCGGCAGCGCGAGGGUGGAGGCGAAGGUGACGACUGUGGAGAUGGUGGUGGCGAGAUCUGUACCAUUUUAUCUGAUGUGUUAUUGAUCACAAAAAUAAUUCGCGCGUAUGGUGGUAGUGGAUUAACCAUGUUCAAAGAAAAAAAAUUCUAUGUCGAGCACGUUUCCGUAGUAAGGUACAGCCGUAUAAACAAAUUGAAGAAUGAUUUUAAGUUUGAUUCAAUUGGUUUUACUUUCGUCAAUAACAUUAAAAAUGUGACAUAUGGG